CUCAGCCGCCGGGAGCUGCCCCUUCCGCGGCCGCCGGGGGAGCGCGGGGCUGCAGCGGCGCUCGGAGCCGGGGCAGAAGGAGCGGAGCCGGGCCAGGCGCGGGCGCUGCCGCGGGACCAGGUGGAGUGUCCUGUCCUGUAGCCAAGAUGUGGCCGUUGGUGUCCAUCCUGUGUGUCUUGGUGGCCUUUGCUAAUGCUCGCAGCAUUCCUUAUUACCCACCUCUUUCCAGUGACUUGGUCAACCACAUCAACAAGCUCAACACCACCUGGAAGGCAGGGCACAACUUCCACAACACUGACAUGAGCUAUGUGAAGAAGCUCUGUGGCACCUUCCUGGGUGGGCCCAAGCUCCCCGAGAGGGUGGAUUUUGCUGCAGACAUGGAGCUGCCUGAUAACUUCGACUCACGGACGCAGUGGCCUAACUGUCCCACCAUCAAUGAGAUAAGAGACCAGGGCUCCUGUGGCUCUUGCUGGGCUUUUGGUGCCGUUGAAGCGAUAUCAGACAGGAUCUGCGUUCACACCAACGCCAAGGUGAGCGUGGAGGUGUCGGCGGAGGAUCUGCUGUCCUGCUGCGGUUUCGAAUGUGGCAUGGGGUGCAAUGGGGGUUACCCUUCCGGAGCAUGGAGGUACUGGACAGAGAGGGGCCUUGUGUCUGGGGGUCUCUACGAUUCCCAUGUGGGCUGCCGUCCCUACUCCAUUCCCCCCUGCGAGCACCACGUCAAUGGCUCCCGGCCACCCUGCACAGGGGAAGGGGGAGACACCCCCCGGUGCAGCCGCCACUGCGAGCCUGGCUACACGCCCUCGUACAAGGAGGACAAGCACUAUGGUAUCACAUCCUACGGUGUCCCUCGCAGUGAGAAGGAAAUCAUGGCUGAGAUCUACAAGAAUGGCCCAGUGGAAGGAGCCUUCAUUGUCUAUGAGGACUUCCUGAUGUACAAGUCUGGAGUGUACCAGCAUGUGUCAGGGGAGCAGGUGGGAGGCCACGCCAUCCGGCUGCUGGGCUGGGGUGUGGACAAUGGCACACCAUACUGGCUGGCUGCCAACUCCUGGAACACCGACUGGGGUGACAACGGCUUCUUCAAAAUCCUACGAGGAGAGGACCACUGUGGCAUCGAGUCUGAGAUCGUGGCUGGCAUCCCCAGGACGGAGCAGUACUGGAGGAAGGUGUAACCUCAAUCAAACCACAAAUAACCCUCAGCCCCUGAUGCUUUUAACUGAUAGCGGGUUGGGUGCACAGCCCUUUCCCCCACUAUCCCCACUCCCACUUCUAAGAGACUAUAGUUGAGGUUACUUUUAUUAAAAGCUUUUUAUCUUUUUGUUUUAAUUGUAUGGUGGAGGUGGAGUUGCUCUCUGCAAGCCCUCUGUUCCCCAUGGGUCACAGCUCUGGGGCAUCUCCUGCCCAAAGGACUGCUGGAGGGCUCACUGGCCUCCCACAGUGUGGUGUGUGCCUCGACCCCUUCCAGCCCAGUUUGCUGCUGGGAAGCUGGGAAGCAGUGAGACUUUGGGCUUGGCAGGGGCAGUGGAGAUGCUUCCACUGGGAAGCCAUGGCCUGGGGUGAUUUGUACACCCCAGGCUGGGUUGGUCUGGCUGUUUGCACCCAAAACAAGCAGAGUACAUUAGUAUGUGCCUUGAACUGGCUAAACUUAGACCUAUUAAUGAUGAAAUACUGACAGACUUGACAUGGGGCUGGCUCUGGCAAGAGCUGCCUUGAGGCCCUCUUCCUGCCUGCAACAAGUCCUUUGCGCAUCACUUGCUCUGUUCCUUCCAUCCAUCUGCUUUUUAAACCACUUCUUUGUUUUUGUCUGCUGUAGUCUGGGGUUAUUGAUCCUAGAGAGUGGAGCUCCUGAUCAAAGCAUCCUGCAAGCACCCAGGAGCAUGCCAGGAAGGGCAAAUCACUUAUCUGUGGUCAUGGCAUGGCAAAGGUGCUGCACCCUAAACUGGUGUGGUGCUUUGGGACUGGGGGUGCUGAAGGCUUAGCAGAGAGGAGGGAUGUUCCCCAGCUGUGCUGCAGGGAGCUCAGGCAGAUGGCUUGCAGGUAUCUCACUAACUUUGCACUCAAUGGAAGCUUUUUUUUUUUUUUGGUUUUUGAGCCCAGGCAUCAAGGAAGAAGAAAAAAACCCUUAUUUUUGUUACUGGGGCAAGGUGUAAUAGCUGUGUAGGAGGAAUCAUGUAAUUUGCCAACACUAAUAUAAUGAAGGAGGGUUUUUUUUCUUAAAGCACAAAGUAUAUUGCUGAGCUGAGGCUACAGCCCUGAACCGCGUGCAGCAGCCUCUCCCUCGCACUGUAAAAUAGCCCCUUACCUCUGCUUACUCAGCCACCAGUGAGACAGAGCUGUGCUGUGUACAAUUGGAUCAACUGUGCCAAUAAAUGACUUCUCCUCUA